AUGGAUACCAAUGGUAGAAUGAAUAAUAAUAAUAGUAGUAGACAAAAAUGUUACAUAACAGAGAGACUGUCCAAUUUGAUAUUAUUGAAUAUCGUUGAACAGCUGACAGACAACUUGGAUAUCGUAUGUCUAUUACUGACGUGCAAGAGGUUUUAUUUCGAAUUGCGACACAAUGACAAUAUCAAGUUUAAAUAUAUACACUAUUUGACGUUGACCAAGGGACAUGGUAUCGUUCAUCCUCUGACAGCACUAGACCAAACACCACUACAUACAUUCAAAGAAAUCAUAGCAAGAUCUAAAAGAAACCAACUAUUAAUAGACCAUGACCAUAUCUAUGGACUUGGUUGUAACCAUCCUCCAUCAUCCUCCUCCUCCUCCUCUCCCAACACAACAACUAUUACAAUAGCAACUACAAAUAAGAAUAAUAAUAACAAUAAUAAUAUAGUAGAUACAAUAAAUGUUAAUAAUAAUAAUAAUAAUAAUAGUAAAUAUGUUAAAUAUGUAUUAUUUGAAGCAGGAGAUUGUGGAGGAGAAGGACAUUUGAAACGAUUCGUACCACCUUCAACAAAACGACUCUAUGUUGAAAAUGUCAGUCAUGGUGACGCGAGUAGAUUGAAUGCAGGUGACUUGCCACCACAACUAGAGGAACUUAGUUUACAAGGAUGUGGAUCAAUUGAGCCUGGAAUCUUACCAAACUCACUCAACCAACUAGAGAUAACGACCGGUAUCAAUGUGGAGCAUGAUUCGUUGCCACAGUCACUCCGUGCAUUCAUGUUGUACAAGUUGCAUAGUCAGAUAUUCAACUUUGACUUUGACGGCGAGUUUCCUCCUUCGUCGUACCAAAAGACUAUCCGUUUGUCAACUCUUCAUCUAGACAACCUCUCCUUUCUAAACACACUCGAUCUGUCGAGUGUCAACCUCGAGUUUGACGACGACCUAGUCUUUCCACCCACAUUGACCACAUUGCUCAUUACGACUGACCAGCCUUUACCAGAUGCUGGCCAUACCCUCCCACCAUCACUGACACACUUGCAAUUGGAUUUCAGUGGCAAUGAAGGUGAAGAGGAAGUGACUCAUGACUGGACCUAUCCCGUCUUGCCCGUCUCUUUCCACACUGUCUAUUCCCGUUUCAAAGGAGCUUUUGGUCGUAUCGUCUUUGUUUCCAGAUUCCAACAUACCCAACAACAUUAA